AUGGCUCCGCGAGCCCCCCCAGAGAAGCAGCAGGUGAAUCGAAACCAGGCACUACAGCUGGCUAACCAGCCUCAUAGGACAACAGCAAGUGAACCGCCCCAGCAGACAGCGCAGAACGCAAAUAACAACAGACCUCUUAGGCCGCGGAUGCUUGAGCCGUCCGACAAAGAUUUCCGCCACAUUGACAACGGCAAUGAUAAUAAAGGCACUGGAAACGGCGCGGGUAGUACUGCCCCCAACACCGGCAAGAAUAAUAAUAACAACACUACUAGCGGUAAUGGCAAGGGUACUGGCAAGGGCACUAAUAAAAGUACUACUGCCAGUACUGGGACCAAUACUAACACCAGAACUACGAACAGCACUGGUACCAAUACUACGAACGGCACUGACAGUAGCACUGGCACUGUCAAUAACACUGCCAACACUGCCAACAGCAAUGGCAAUGGCAAUGGUAACGGGUUUCCUUACUCCAACGGCAAUGGAAAUCCUUUUGGUAGCCCCUUUGGCAACAACAAUGCGAACGGCAAUGGGAACGGCAAUGUGAACCCCUUUGGGAAGCCCUUUGGUGACGGCAAUGGGAAUGGCAAUGGAAACGGCACUGCGAAUCCCUUUGGGAAGCCCUUUGGCGACGGCAAUGGGAAUGGCAAUGGAAACGGCAAUGGAAACCCCUUUGGUAAUCCCUUUGGCAAAGGCAAUCGCAAAGGCAAGGGGAACCCGUUUGGCAACCCUUUUGGCAACGGCAAUGACCCGAGUAACGCCUUCGGUAACCCAUUUCCAAACGGCAUUCCUAACAUCCCCGGUAACGGGAAUAGUAAGAGCGAGGAGAUCAGCAAGCACAAAUGGUACAUGAUGAUGCUGGAGGAGCGGGAGCGCCGAGCAAAGUGGGCGCAGGAGUCAGCCAGCGCGGCGCAGCACGAGAACAUGCAGCUGCGCGCGCAGGUGUGCGAGCUGCAGAAUAUGAUCUGCCAGGGCGAUGCGGCGAAAUUGUUUCACGACUCGAAGAUAAAUGAGAUGGUUGCGCAAGUUCAGAGCAUGGAGCAGCAGUGCCUGGCGCGAGAGAACUAUGCGCUCGCGGCAGAGGCGGAGAACUCGAAGCUGAUGGAGGAGCAUGGGCGCCAGAUCUCGCAUGUCAACGCGCUGUUGAACAAGUGCCGCCGUUUGGAGAAGGAGAACCAGGUGCAGGGAUCCUCGAUGGCCAAGAUGCAGGCUCGGCUCGAUGAGGUGAGUGCGGCGGCUAACGUGUACGAGACGCAGAUCCGGUCGCAUCGCGCGGCGCGGCAGCGGAUGGAGCUGGAGAUGAAAAACAGCACGUACACUUUGGAGCAGGCGAUGAAGAUUGCGGAGGGAGGUCUGAAGGAUACGGCGAAAAUGGCGUUUGACUCGGAGAACGCCUUCCUGGCCGUCAAGGGUCUGCAGAGCGAGGCCCGGGGAGAACUGCUCCAAGACAUGGACUGCGUGAACAAGAUCCGCCAUGGUGGCGAGGAGUUUGUUCGAGCCAUGUCUCCUGUGUCUGAUAUUGAGAUGAUGAUCUAUGACCAGCCGAUGAAAGAUCAUCCCAUGUUUGACCAGCCGGUGCUCAGCCGUACGCAUCCAAACCAACCAGCAAACGACGAACAAAUGCCGGACGCAAAGGCCCCUACUCCCCGUGUCCCUCAGGUUGAUGGUUCCGAGACCUCUCCUGACCCCUCUCUUCAGGCUCACCCAUCUCCAAUUCCUCCUCAAGCUCAGCCAUCUCCCCCUCUAGCUCAGCCAUCUCCCCCUCCAGCCCCCCCUCCUCCCUCUCAUCAGUUCAAGCCACCCUCUCCGCCUCGACCUUAUGCUCCUCCCAGGAUUCUUUCAGAGGAAUUAGGCGAUGCGGGCUUUGAUGGAUCCCCCACUAUGGACUUCGCACCGGAGAACGACGUCUUGGGGAGCUCAAAGCAUCCGCGGUAUUUGAACGAGCUCGAGAUAUCUGACCACAGCGAUGACAACAGUGAGUACAUGGGCCCGACGUGGAAGAGCACGAGGAAGGAAAGCCUCGAAGCCGCGGAACGGAAAAGCUGGAGGUCCCGAUCACAAGGCAGCUCAUCCUCAACACGAAGCAGCAGUCCUGGAGGGACCACUAGACCUCGUCGGUCGACCGUGGAGGCGGACAACAAGGCUGCUUCGGCUGGCUCUGGAUCACAGAAGAGACGACGAUCAAUCGACGAUAACGAAGGCCACCCCCCGGUGCAUGCAUGCCCCCACUGUGGCCACGACAGCCCUAGCGACAAGAAUGCCCCUAAUCGAAUUUCGCGCGUCGGGCGGCCGCCGAGACAAGGGCACUCGCCUGUGCGACUGGGCCAUGUGCGGGUCCGGAAACAACCCAGGCUUGUGUACACGGAAGAUGAGCUUAUUUAUCCUGUCAAGAGGCGUCGGCUUUUAGACGGCGGCUUGAGAUCUCGAGCUGGUGGUGGCCACGACAGCCUCUUCAGCAGACCGACCACCACAGCGCCUCCUCCAGGCCGACCCGUCUCUUCUCGCCAGGACGCCGGCGUGCAGGCGGAGGCCCCGCCGGACCCGUCGCGGCCAGACGCGUGGCACAUCACCGGAGCCAUCUUGGUCGCCGUGAUGCUGUACCUGUGGUCGUGCUUCCGAGAGCGGCAGGCGUGGAUGGGGGCCAACCACAUCCCUCCCGACGUACUGAUGGAGCUGCGUGCAGGCGUCCGACGCGACAACACCUUCCUCAACGCUCUGAAUUACGACUUUGUGACAUGGCUCGAUACCGACCGAGUGAACCUGGGAUAG